GUUUGUUACUUUAGUUCGCGACUGACUGAGACUCACAGGAACAUGUAUCUUGAAGUCAGGUCACUUGACGAUGGAUGAAUUGCGAUGAUGGAUGGUACACGGCCAUCCAUCCAGCCACAGAGGCGUCACGUCAAGUGAGACAGGACAGUGAGUGUCACAGAGUCAGGCAUUCGAAUGCACAUGUGAGCUGAGCGCUCAUAGGCACAUCAGACAGACAUGUAUCGAACACACCCACGCAUCGCAUCCAACCUGAGCCAGUCGGCUGAGGGAGGGAGGGAGGGAGCGAGAGACUGUCGUGAUUUGGUAGUCUGGUCGGUUGUCUUAUUGGAAAAUAAUAAUGCCAUCAGGGACGGACGACAAACGUCACUCGCUCAGUCAAUUGCGAUGAGAUGUAUACAGCCAUCGAUCCAGGCAGACAGACAGACAGACAGGCAGGCACCACACAGGACAGUGUCACAGAGAUAUGGAUAUGUGAGGUUACACCCACACACAGAGCAUCAACACACGCACACACACAGAGGGAGAGUGGGAGCCGGUCGCAGUUUCGACACGCAGCGCUUCCCAGCCAGCUGAGCUACCCACACACACACCCAUCCAUCCAUCCAUCCAUCCCAUAUAUCAGCACAUGUAUGAGCUACUCGCCACCACCACCCUCUACUGGACCUGGCUGGCUGCAUGUAUGUGACUGACGGCACGUCUAUCGAUAAAUGCACUAACUACGACCCAGCCAUGACAAAAAAACUGCCCCUGGCUCCCAUACAUGGCUCACACGCGCACACAUUCAUAUUCAUUCACAGAGCACGGCGGGGAGGGAUGGGGGGAGGGCGCGGCGGGGCGAGGCGAGGCGGGGCGGGCCACACACACGUCAUUCUGACCGUGAUCGUGCCCACAUACAAGCCAGGCCGCCAGCCAAUCCACCAUCCAUCCAUCCAUCCAUGUGAGUGAUAGCCAUGCGUCUCUACAUAAGUAAUUAGCACUGCACUCCACUGCCUAUAAAGACAUUCCACAUCAUAUCAUAUCACACCACACCACAAAACACAGCACGCGAGACCAGUAGCACCCACCACCACAACAGACAGACAGACAGACAAAAAAAUACAUGUAUGUAUGCACAAUGAAUUCAUCAAGUCAGGUAGGUCGUCAGUCAGGUCCCCUAGCUAGGGCGAUGGCACAUCACCCUGCCGCCGCGUGGCCGACGUCUCACUACCGCCUUCAAGACACGCAGGGGCAACUAUGGAACGUGCCACCAACCCCAACACCUCUCUCGACACCUGUCUGGAGCACUCACUGGGCGACGAUGAUGCCAACGACGGCAGGUGCGAUAUGAACGGCGGCGAGAACGCCCCCACUCCCUCACCCUCCCCAUGACCACAAGAAGCGUCGCCCUCUCCCUCUCCCUCCCUGCCAUCUGUCUCGGUCGUCACGCCGUCACCUUCGCUUGUGUCCCAGAGAGACGGCGCCGGCUGCUGCCCCACAAUCUGCUGCCCCGAGAUCAGCUGCCCCGCUUUGGUGCCGCUGUCGCCCUCGCGAUUGUUGUUGUCACUUGCACACAUCGAGAUGGUCUUGGUGGGCUCAGGGGCGGUGUGGGUGUGGGUGUGGGAGUGAGAGUCAUUCUUUGGGCCGAUGAGGGACAGGAUAACAGGCAGCAGGAUGAUCCCGUGGCCGAAGCCGAUCCACAAGACCUGAUGGUUGGUUGAAGGCAGGGAGGAAGGGAGAGAGAAACGGGGCAUUGUGUGCGUGGGGGGGUGGUUGGUGCAGUGAGUGCUUACGAGAGUCAUCAUUCUGAAAAAGAUAACGAAAAUGAAGCUCCUCAUGGUGAGGAUGACCAGCAUGGACAGGAACGUCGAGACCACACCCUGCAGCAGCGGAUUGCCCAUCAGGAUCAGCGUCUCAGCAACCCUAUACACACACACAUCACCAGCCAAAAUGCAUACCUAGUCCAUUCCCCUCCUCUCAUACGCGGCCGUUGCAGUCAUACCUGUGAUUGCGGGUGGGCCCGACACAGUGGGAGAAGGUGUGGCACAUGUGGGUCUGAACAAACCAACACAGCACAGAGAGAGAGAGAGAGAGAGUGAGCAGUGUGACAAAAGUAUGACGUGUGUGAGCUCAUGACAUGACCUCUUUUCUUUUGCCUUACUACACUGACCGUGUAGUCGACGGAGAACCCGACAGAGAGGAUGAGGCAGACCAUGGACAUCAUGUUGAGCUUCAGGUCCCAGAAGUCCAAGAACCCAAACAGGCCCACGUCGAUGGUCACGAGCAUCACCAUCACCAACACCCAACACUGCCAGUCCCUCAUCAGGAACAUCGACACCUAAACAUAUACACACACACACACACAUGGACACAUCCACACACACCUCGCCAUGUCCCCUUGGUGCCCCCACUCACCAGGAGCACAGCGAUGAGCGCAUAUCCCAUGUUGAGGAGGGUCGACUGCACGAUUGACACGUCCUGCUCGUAAUAAGGGAAGUACUCGCCAUAGGGGAAGCACUCAAGCCCUCCAGGCCCCUCGGCUGCGAUGUGGCAGUCCUCACGGCUGCGCGUCAUCAGCUUGGCACCCGACACGUCAGGACUAGCGAAAAAACGCAACUUGUAGGCAAGCAGAUUUUCCCUCUCUGGCAUGACACACACACGCACACAAACACAUAUACACACAAAUGGAAGCGUGAAAGGCCGUGCUCGAGCGCUGUGUGUGGGGGUGCACCUCACCUUCGUCGAAUUUGAAGUCGCUGGCGAGGAUCUUGAUCUCUUUCUUAGAGAGGAACUUUCUCAGCCUGUUUGUGAGCGAGCGGCACACAGAGGGAUGUGUGUACGUUUGGGUGCGAAGGUCUGUCUGUGUAUCUCCCUCUCUGUCCAGACAGCUUACUCGGCGGUGAAUCCCUGGGGGUCGUCCUCCUCCUCCUCCAGUGUGGCCUGGUCGGUGCGGGUGUAGAAUUCGUACAUUCCCGAGAAGACCUGGUCCGACGCGUAGCCGCCGCUCCGUAACCGAUCCUCAUACGCCAUGUACUCCUCCUGUGGAGAAAGAAACACACACAGCGCACGCAGCACAUGUAUGCCGUGUGUGCCGUGCCAGCCAGUCGUCCCCGCACUCAACCAACUCACCCGGACUUCUUUCUUCCACCACUCCUGUCGGUUUGGGAAGACUACAAAGACGUCCUCGCCGUAGGAGGUGAAGCUGGUGAAGUAGCGACUCCAGAACACCCUGUAGUACGAGUCCUCAGGCGUCAGCCACAAGAGAUCCAAACCGGUCGUCAUGCGCGUCACGCCCCACACAGACACGGCAAGGUACCCGGCGAACAGCAGCAGAGUCACCACCUGCAUAAGCACAUGUGGGGUAGGGACGGUAAAUGAUCUUUCCCUCUGCCACCAUUGCUGUAUCUGCGUGUGUCUGUGUGUGUACCUACCUUGACAGCAGGGAUGGUGACCCAUCUGCCCCAGAAUCGCCUGAACGCCCACCGCACCUUCCGCCCAACUGUGCCAACUGGCUCCUCCACAUCGGCCAUGGGGCCGUCCCGCGCCUCGUCCCAGCCAUCCUCAUAACCCAGAUGCACGCCGAAAAAGCCGCCACUGCUGCACCCGUGUUGCCGUGAGCUGCUUGUGGUGCUGGUGGUGCUUGUGGUGCUGGCCCUUCUCUGCCUGAUGGUGAGCUCUUGCGCCUUCAGCUGCAGAGCCGCGAGCUCGAAGGUGUCGAGGGCGGCGGGAGGGGGGGAUGAGGUGCGGCUGGGGGUGGAGGGGUGGGACGCUGAGAUGCUCACCGAAUGGUGCUCCUGCUCGUGCUCUGGCUCGGUGGUACUGUCCGGCUGUGGCUGCUCUGGAUCGUGGUGUUCUUCAGCAGCUGGUGGCGGUGGCGGUUGUGCUGAUUUUAGUGCUGGUGUUGGUGUGGAUGAUCGCCUCCUCUUUCUGCAGGUGUUGCACCAUGUCUCGAGGUACGGCCCCUUGCCGGCCGCCUCACGCUUGGCGUCCAGACACACACUGGCGAGAAAGAAGGUGAGGGCGUAGAAGUAGCCCUGAAAAAGAAAGGGGGUCAAGCAGCAAGACAGAGGCAUCCAUGAUCACGGAUGAAGGCAUAUGUGUGUUUCUUGUAUGUGUGUUGAUGAUUGUGGGGCAGGCUGGCCACUAGACCCACCAUGAGCAGUGCCAAGAAGGUGAUGAUGCAGAAGUUGCGGAUGGAGAGGUAGUCGCUCGACGCACCCACACCAAACGCAAUCAGAUUGGUCAGAGUGGUGAUCGUUAUCGAUAUGCCUGAAUGCAUGCACCAUACCAACAAGCGUACACACAGAGAGAGAGAGAGAGAGAGACAAUUGCAGCAACACGCUUUCCCUCCGACGGCACCAGCCAGAUUUUAUUAUCCAAGAAAGAACGUACCGCAGUCUUUGAUGGCGACGGCCACCCGCUCCCUGGGGUCGGUCACCUUGACGGCCAGUGCGUAGCUGUUGAAUAUCACAAACAUGUCGUCGACGCCGAUGCCCAUGCAGAGGAAAGGGGUCGCCUCGAUGGGCGGCACGUGCACGAAUCCCAGGCUGUAGUACAGACCCGCAGAGAACAUCACCGCCCACAGCACCGCAAAACAACCGAAAAAUGCCGGCAGGGACCUGCAAGAGACAGACAGACAGACAGACGUUGACGCAUCCAUCCCUCGGCAUACAAACAAACAAGCAUACUUGGAUCGGUGCGGUAUGGUGGAGAAGUUGACGAUGGCGCAGUAUGAGAAGAUGAUGAUGCCGCCGAUGACAUAGCGCGCAUAGUCGAGCAGCCCCAGCCGCGUGCUCUCCUCGAGCUCGUCGUCGACCGACCGCCGGGCGUUGCGCACCAGCCUCACGCCGAUCUCCUCGAACACCGGUAUCUGCUCCCACACCAAAUCGAGCCAGGCCUGCUCCCACGCCAGCAACACCGGAUCCCAAAAGUCGUCCGAACCAUUACGACGCAGCAGCCACCGGAACAGCAGGGCUGCACACACGCCAAGGGGUAGAUAGAGGAGCAGUGAGUGAUGCGAAUGCGCAUGCCUAUGAGUGGUGGCUCGCUCACCUUCAGCGGCUUUGACCUUGCAUCCUUCGAUGCAUCCUUCCGGUUCGAGUGUCACGUUGGCGGCGAGAAGGGGGACGGGCCAACGGAUGAGAGAGCUGUCGUUGCGGGACCAGCUGCUGUCAAGCCGAAACUGGAGGUGGUACGGGUAGUUGAGGCUCUUGGUGAAGUCGACCUCAUAGCUACACGCACACAAACACAAAUAAACAACCAUCACAGCGUGUGCGCGUGUGGUGCCCUGUCCCCGCCCCUCCCUCCCUCCCUCCCUCUGUUUCCCUCUUCACUCACUUCCUGUCGUCGCCAUAGUCGGUCUUCCACUCCUUGGGUGGGUAGAGCUGCACGACGCUCUCAUGCUCACACCGCCCUGUGCCGUCCUUGACACACACGGACUCAUAUCGUGGGUCUUCAUACCCAUACGUCUUCCCGUCCACAGUCACAGUCAGGUUGGCCACCUGCCGGUCCAAACGGUCGAGGGCCCGCAGUAUGUGUGCCUGCAGCAGGUUCUGGCCGUCAAUGCCCUCCACAAGCAGGUAGGUCACCCUGGGCAUGGUGCCAAACAGCUCCGUCAGCCUGGCCUGAUCCUGAAGGAGCAGAGAAAAGGACAGCAGCAAAGGGGAGAGAGAGAGAGAGAAAUCUUCAUCCAUCUGUGUGUGUCUGAUUGGUGGACAGACGGACGGACCUGCAUGGCCUGCGAGUCAGGUAUAGCGUACAGCUUCAUGGGCGCGUACUCCUCUGUCCGGUUCAGAAUUCCAACACCCAUCAGCAAAGCCAUCAACACAGGCACCCAGAUGAACUGACACACACACACACACAUAGAAGGGCACAUGUGAACAAACGGGACACCUGAAAUCUUCCUUUCCUCGAUCCCUCCCUCGUUCUUUGGUUCCUUUCCUUUCCUUUGGCUCCUUACCCAGCAUGGGAAGUCGUACACGAACAAGGUGUACCGAUAAAAGCCUUCGUUGAUCCCAUCCACCAGCCGCUCCUUCACCCUCUGGAACAGCCCCCUCACCUCCCCCAGCCGACACCAAACCCCCUUCUUCGCAUCUCCGGCCAUCGCCGGCUCACCAACAGACCAACCCUCUCGCCGUCGUGCUCGUCCUUCCGAAGAUCAGCAAGCAGGCCGGAAAGAUCUGGGCACCCUGUGUACAGCGGUUGAGAGGGAGCGGUUCGGAC